AUGACGACGCAGACGGCCGUGUUUCACGCUCUCUUACGACCCGCGAUUCUGCAGAUCCUCCGUGCCACAGGAUAUCAUUCCGCGAAACCGUCCGUCGUGGACUCUGUGACCGACAUUGCGGCCCGGUAUCUCUCUGUCCUAUGCGAGUCCACAGCCUCUCACGCCAUACACAACCACGGCGACGCUGGCGACUACACAAUCACGGAUGUCAGGAUGGCGUUGCACGACGCCGGCGCGUUUCAGCCCGAAAAGGUUGCAACCGAGGAAGCGUGGUUGGGAGAAGAAGAUGUUGGAGGAGUGGAGGAAUUCAUCGAGUGGUUUUCGGGGCAAAGAAUGCGAGAACUCAUGGACAUCGGAAUCGGAGACGGCGAAUCCGAUGCGACUGACUACUUGAAUGCCCUCAAGAAGAAGCACUCCAAGACGGGGGAAGACACGAAAUACAGCGGCACCGUCGUCGGGAAACCCCUCGAUUCCGUCGUCGAGAUCCAAGUCGAAGGCGGCCCCGUUACCAGCAUCAGUGAAUGGAUCCAGCAGCGGAGCGCGUGCUCCAGCAGCGCGGCAAGAACAAACGGCACGAGGGGGCACGAAUGCGGCUCGCCAACACCCAGCUCCGGCCUUAGUUCAGUCGGAAGCAGGCUCGACGACGACGGCGACGAGGGAAUGGGCCUUUCCUAG